AUGGCGCAUCAAGUCUCCUGGUGGGUGUGUAUGUUGAUGAUCUCAUCAAGCGACGUGGAUGAGAUUGACAGGUUCAAGAAGGAGAUGGCGCGGCUAUUCCUGAUGAGUGACCUUGGAGCCCUGAGCUUCUACCUUGGGAUCGAAGUGAAGCAGGAAGCCGAGGGAAUGACCCUGAACCAGAGCGCGUACGUGGCAAGGAUCAUGGAGAAGGCGGGCUUGGCUGGCUGCAAUCCCGUGCAUACUCCGAUGGAGCCUCAGUUCAAGCUGAACAAGGAGAGCUCGGCACCGGCGAUGAACGCGACAGAGUACCGCAGCCUCGUCGGCUGCUUGCGCUACCUCAUCAACACGCGUCCAGACCUUGCAUAUUCGGUGGGAUACGUGAGUAGAUUCAUGGAGAAGCCCACCAUCGAGCACCUGGCGGCGGUCCAGAGGCUGCUGCGCUACGUCGCCAGGACGAUUAACUGCGGGUGUCUCUACACCAGUGUAAGCAUCUAG